AUGUCCUCUUCUUCCUGUAUGUUGGCCGUCGAUGACCCUCUCUUUUUUACUGGAAAUAAUUCGCGUCGAAUUAUCCCCAACCUAACAUUUUUGCCUCGAGCAGCCGUGGAACAACAAAGAAAACUGGUUAUUCAUACAGCCAUUGUUUUGGGAGUACCAAUCACCCUGAUCACUCAAGAUACAGAGUUGCGCCGUGCACUUUACUACUUUCAACGUCCAGUCUAUGCAAUUAGUUACAUCGUUCUACUGCUGUUCUCUUUAGUCAUGUACUUCCUGGCUUGCUUGGUAGACCCUGGUUACCUGCCACUCUCCAAGAAGAAAAUACUGUCUCUGAACAACAACUCUGAUGAAGAAGAUAUUUUUGAAGAUAGUCAAAUGAUGAACAAGAACACUAACUACAGGCAUUGUGAUUUCUGUGAAGUACAGCAACCCAUGAGAAGUAAGCACUGUGAAGAUUGCAAACGUUGUGUUCGUAAAUAUGACCACCAUUGCCCUUGGCUUGAGGCAUGUGUUGGUGAGAGAAAUCACAAGUUCUUUUGGUUGUUCCUGCUCUCAAUAGCGUCUCUGAUAUUGUGGACCAUUUACAUCACCUGGGAAUCUAUUGUAUACAAACUAGAAUGGAUCCAGUGGUUGGAAAGCAAUGCCCUCCUAUUCUGUGAUUUAUUUGUCCUCAUUGUUGGGGGGAUGGUGGUUUUUGGAUUACUUAGUUUUCACUCCUACCUCAUCAUUCAGGGCCUGACCACGUGGGAAUUUGUGUCCCGAGAUAGAAUCACUUACCUCAAGUAUUUGGACGACUCUUACAACCCUUUUGAUGAGGGGUGCCUUUGCAACCUUUACCAUUUCUUGUUCCACUGGAAACUCCGGCGUUGGGAAACAGUCUAUGCUAAGAAAGCUGAUGCCCAGAGUACCAGCAAUGGUGGUAUUGUGUAG